AUGAGUAGACCUGCAGUCAGCACCUCUGCGCGAUCGUCCAAUGGUUUUCUAUCCUCCUCUCCGUGGGCUCAACAAUCUAUCCUGAGGGAUCUGGCGGACGCCGAAGAAGAGGAAGAGAACGAAGACCCGGAAGCUGGUAUCGCUGUGGGCGGAGGUGACAACCACAUGGCCGGCCACGAACAGCAGUAUUCCAUGUCUGGCUCAUACCGAAGAACUUCCUAUGUCGCAUCUGGGCCACGCCCAUUCUUCCCUUCAGCUUCAGCGCCAGACUCGAAACGAGCGAACGAACAAGACCGCGAGGCUGCCCUCGCCGAAGAACGAAGUCUUUUGCGGGACAACCAGUUGAUUCCUCCAAAACACCCACGCACCAAAAGUACCGUGUCAAACAAGUCCAGCGGAUUGUUGCAAAAGAACUUUGCCGGUGGAUUUGUGCCUAGAAAAGGUAGUGCCGACGGAGAGUCGGCCAUCGAGGAUGGAGGGCCGGACGAGAACACCUCUCUGCUGGGUAAUCCAGCUGAGCCAUACGGCGGAGUUGAUUCUCCUGAGGAUAUCGACAAGAGGUGGGAAGAGGCCGUCGCAUCGGGAAAGAUCAAAACAACCUGGCAAAGAGAAGCAGUCGUUUUGGCGAGAUACUCGCGUUCGUUGAUCUUGACGUUCUUAUUACAAUAUUCCCUGACUGUCACUUCGGUCUUCACGGUUGGCCACAUUGGCAAGACCGAAUUGGGGGCCGUCUCUCUCGCUUCAAUGAGUGCCAACAUCACCGGCUAUGCCAUGUUCCAAGGACUGGCUACUAGUCUAGACACACUAUGCCCCCAAGCCUACGGCUCGGGUAAUAGGACUCUGGUUGGCCUCCAGCUUCAACGUAUGGUUUACUUCUUGUGGGUGAUCACGAUCCCCAUCGCUAUUGUAUGGACAAACGGACCGAGAAUCAUUGGCGCAAUCGUGCCUGACGAGGCGACUGCAAACUUAGCAGGACGAUACCUUCAGGUCCUUGUAUUUGGCACUCCGGGGUAUGCUGCAUUUGAAGCAGGAAAAAGAUUCGUGCAGGCACAAGGAAAGUUCUCUGCAACACUCAUUGUGCUUCUGGUGUGUGCGCCUCUCAAUGUUUUCCUGCACUGGCUCUUUGUCUGGAAACUGAAUUGGGGAUUUAUCGGAGCUCCCAUUGCUGUGGUGACCAUAGAGAACCUGAUGCCACUGUGCCUGUUCCUCUACGUUCGUUUCGUUGGCGGCUCAGAGUGUUGGGGAGGAUUUACUCGUCUCGCUUUCAAGAACUGGAUGCCGAUGAUCAGGCUUGCUCUCCCUGGACUUGUAAUGGUUCUUGCCGAAUACCUGGCUUUCGAGAUCUUGACGCUCUCGGCAAGCUGGAUUUCACCAACUCAUCUCGCGACACAAAGCGUUCUCAGCACAAUCUCGAGCAUUACCUACCAGAUCCCCUUCCCAAUCAGUAUCGCAGCAAGCACCCGCAUUGCAAAUCUCAUUGGCGCAACACUUUCAGACGCUGCAAAGGUCAAUGCCAAGGUCUCACUGUAUGCUGCCUUGAUCGUGGGCAUUUUCAACAUGAUCUUGUUGAGCUCUUGCAGAGAGUACAUCCCGAGGCUGUUUACCAACGAUGCCGAUGUCAUUGCGCUCACGGCCAAAACAUUGCCUUUGAACGCCGCCUUCCAACUGUUUGACUCAAUCGCAGCUCUUUGCAACGGUAUCCUGCGUGGCCUUGGUCGGCAAGAAGUAGGAGGCUACGUGAACCUGUUUGCUUACUAUGUCAUUGCUAUGCCCAUCUCAUUCGGAACUGGAUUCGGUUUGCAUUGGGAUCUCUAUGGACUAUGGGCCGGUCCUGCGAUUGCACUUAUGAUUGUUGCUGCCGUCGAGUGCUGGUUCAUCUACACGACUAGCUGGGAGAAGGCUGUUGAAGAAGCUCAGGAGAGAAACGCCCAAGGGAACUCUUAG